AUGGGCCUGCUCUCUUUGGGCACGCCACUCCCGUGGGAUGAGGCAAAGAAAUAUGCAGAGCACGUCAGGUCUCACGGGAUUGCGCAAUUCCUCCACACCUGGCAUAGGACCAAGGAUAGACACGGCGAUGAGCUACUCUGGGGGGAUGAGGUUGAAUACAUGGUUGUGGCGUUCGACGAAGUGGAGAGGAAUGCCAAGCUCUCGCUCCGCCAGUCUGAAAUCCUGGCUAAGUUAGGCAGCAUUUGUAAUGACCUCUCGGACGAGGCAGGCGAAAAGUUUACAAUUCCGACGUUCCAUCCUGAAUAUGGUCAGUAUAUGCUCGAGUCAACACCCGGAUCUCCCUACACAGGAUCCCUCACCGACCUUCUAUCCGUUGAGAGUAACAUGCGCUAUCGGAGAAGUCUCGCUAGAAAACAUCUGAAAGAAAAUGAGAUACCGUUGUCAUUCACUUCUUUUCCGCGUUUAGGGGCUCCAGGAGUUUUCACGGAACCAUAUUCUGAUCCUUCAAAUGCUGUGUCUAGUCACAGCUUAUUUUUGCCUCAGGAAAUAUCAAACCCACAUGCGCGUUUCCCCACCCUUACUGCAAACAUCCGGUCUCGGCGAGGCUCUAAAGUAGCAAUAAAUUUACCCCUGUUCUUCGAUGAGAAGACACCAAGGCCGUUCAUAGACCCAACGAUCCCUUGGGACCGUAAUAUUUAUCCCGAGGAUCCUGAGGCAAAGGACGGCGCGGCUCUCCGUGAUCAUAUUUAUAUGGACGCUAUGGGUUUUGGAAUGGGUUGCUGCUGUCUACAAUUGACAUUCCAAGCAUGCAACGUACCCGAAGCUCGAAGACUAUAUGAUGCUUUCAUCCCUCUUGGACCGAUCAUGCUUGCGCUGACGGCAGCGAGCCCUUUAUACCGCGGAUAUAUUUCGGACGUAGAUUGCAGGUGGAAUGUUAUCGCUGGAAGUGUGGAUGAUCGAACGGAAGAGGAACGCGGCUUGAAGCCCCUCAAGAAAGACAGAUAUAGAAUACCAAAAUCACGAUACGAUAGCGUUGAUCUCUACAUCUCGGAAGAUCCCCUCAACCGUCCUGCUUAUAAUGACAGUCCGGUGCCGUACGAUACCUCUAUAUAUGACCGAUUACGAGACGCCGGUCUUGACGAUUUGCUUGCAAAACACAUUGCACAUCUCUUUAUUCGCGACCCUUUGGUUAUUUUUUCAGAAUUAAUUGACCAGGACGAUACCACGAGUAUGGACCACUUUGAGAAUAUCCAAUCAACCAAUUGGCAGACAGUUCGUUUCAAGCCACCUCCCCCCAACUCACCUAUCGGCUGGCGCGUAGAAUUUCGAAGUAUGGAAGUCCAAUUAACAGACUUCGAAAAUGCUGCGUUCGCUGUAUUCAUUGUACUGCUUUCUCGUGCUAUCCUCAGUUUUGACUUGAACCUUUAUACGCCUAUAUCUAAAGUUGACGAGAAUAUGCAGCUAGCGCAGAAACGCGAUGCCGCUCGAAAGGAGAAAUUUUAUUUCAGGAGGAACGUGUUCUCGGCCCAGUCUCCUUCAGCGUCGUGCAGUUCAACUUCCCAGGAUGAAAACGGCAAUCCGAAACCCAAGGAGAAGAAGCUUGGGAAUUGUUUUCCAAUCCCUCCACGAGGGAACGAUAUCCCUGAUGGUCCUGUUGAAGACGAAUAUGAGUUAAUGACUUUAGAGGAAAUAAUGCUUGGAAAGGGCGCUGAAUACCCUGGCCUUUUGGGCCUCGUGCGGGCAUACCUCGAUACGCUCGAUGUCGAUAAGGAGACCGCUAAGAAGCUGAACAGCUACCUUGAUCUGAUCAAACGAAGAUCCAACAGCUCACUGCAAACCACAGCAACUUGGCUGCGGAAUUUCGUCCGGAACCAUCCUGCUUACAAGGUCGACUCUGUCGUGAGCCAGGAAAUCAACUACGAUCUUCUCACUGCCGUUGACAAGAUUGAGCGGGGCACACGGAGAGAACCAUCCCUACUACCAGAUGACUACUGUGGAGGUGUUGCUGACGAAGGUUGUUUAUAA